CUGUCAGUUAAAAAAUUGCAAGCUCUUCUUUUUAAAAUGAUUUUUAGAAAUAGUACAAAAUGAUGCAAAUAUUUAUGUACAUAUUUCUCUCUCAACCGAUUGUGACAAUUAAAUUAACUAUAGUAUUAGUGAAAAGUGUAAUCAUUUAAGUGAAUCAAGUAUACAUCGAUAAUCUCAUUGAUCGAUUGGCUAAAGAAAAUGGAUAAACCGGCUUUUGGUUUAUUUAUUAGUAUCCUAGCAGUGAUGUACAUACAUACAUGCAUGGUGUAUUAGACAUUUGGAUAGAACUUGGAUGAUGGAAUGUUUUUUUUUAAAUUAAAAUUAUGAUGACAUAUGAACAUAAGAGUGAAAUCGCAUUGUUGAGAUUUUUAGUACGUGUAAAGUGUUAGUGAAGUGUGUUGACCAUUUUUUCUCGGAACCGAAUGGACGCAAACAUCAUAAGCAGAACUCUCCAAACAACUGAAGGGAGACGACGAGACACACCAACGGAGCUGCUGCUCUGGGUUAUCGCUCGUAAAAGAAAGACCAAGAAAUCCUACUGGGGAGAAUUCAUGUGACAAUGAAAGGGAUGCUUCGGGACUGACGCUGCAUAAAGAACGAAAAAACAGGUUCGAGAUUGAACGUUGGAUAAGUGGAUGGAACAUUUAAGAGGCGAGGAAUUAAGUAAAAGAGGUGACGAAGGGUCAGACCGUGAGUUGCGUCGGAUUACGGGUAUUGCAAGGUGGCUUCGACGCGUGUAAAGAGUUCAAAAAGAUGUCGAGCACCGCGGAGAGUCCCGACGGUGGCAUGGCACUGCAGUCUCAUUACUCAUUACGAUGGAAUAACCACCAAACACACAUUCUCCAGGCAUUUGAGGCACUUCUUCAUGCAGAAAUAUUCGUCGAUGUCACUCUUGUGUGCUCGGAGAGCAGUCUUCGGGCUCACAAAGUUGUCCUCAGUGCCUGCAGUCCCUUCUUCGAGAGGAUAUUUGCAGAGCACCCGUGCAAGCAUCCGGUGAUAGUUCUCAAGGACUUUUCUGGACGAGAAGUGGCUGCCCUCAUUGACUUCAUGUACCGGGGAGAAGUUCGUGUUGGUCGAGAGGAGCUUCCGGGUUUGAUGAGGGCUGCAGAAAGUCUUCAGGUGAGAGGUUUAGCAUCAUCAGAACCACGUCCCGCUAGUCCACCUGACACGCCGGUGGAAACACCGACGGAUCUUCUUCUUGGUGAUCGCCUUACACCUGAGGCAACGCGACAAGAAAGUCCUGUAGAUGAUGACAAUGUGUCAGAUUCUGCAAUAACGCCAACUAGAGAUCGAGGGUUUAUUCCUCGUGAACAUCGUGAUAGAUUGCCUCAUAUGAGUCAUUUAAAUUUUUCCUUACGCGAAUUAAGGGAGUCAUGUAAUUCACCUUUGCCAAGAAGAAAACAAGCAAGACCGAGAAGGAGGUCUGGCGAACUUAUACCUCAAGACUUGAGCAAACCUCAUCCACCUCCAAGUCCCAGUCCGCCGAGUGGAUUGAAUUUUGCCAGCAAUCAACAACAAUCGCAACAGCAACAACGACAAACGUCUCCACCAAAUUUCCAGCAUCAAAUACAACAACCAACAUUAAAUCACAAUCAACGUGAAGAUAUUGCGGAAAAUUUAUCUAUGAAAAGACCUUCUUCGCCAUCUUUACCACCUGUUCAAGGUAUUAAGACUGAAAGUGAAGCAGCAAGCAGCCCCAGAGGAUCACCUUUAACCGGCACGAGUCUUCAUCCUGAUAGUUCUAUUCAAGAUCUUUCAGCAGCGAGUUUACCUGCUAUAUCAACACUGUCUCUGACUCCUCCCCAUCAUCAUAGUGAGUACCUGACAAGCCUUGGCCAAUUGGCGGCACAAUGGGCACCGAGUCACCCACAAAGUCAGCUACAGAAUCCGUCGCAUCAUCCACGAGAAGGCAGUCCGCAGAGUCACAAUAGAAUGCAUCCAUUUCAACAGCAAGAGUCUGCUCUGACAUCUCGCAGAUCUGUCGCCGUGUUCCCGAUGGACACGGGUGGUGGUCUAUUUCCUCACGGCGGUGGACUAGACCGAGGAUCAUUUUUAGCCGAUCUUCAUGACAGUUUUAAGCCUGAGGCACUACACGGACUUUUUGGUGGCAAUUUAAUUCAUCCCGCAGUAAAGAAGCAGAAAAAACAUCGUGGUGAUUCAGAUGGACCUAGACGGUGGUCGGAUCAUACUCGAAUGCAAAUUACAAGGCCGAAAGGUCAACACAGUGCCCCCAGAGGUGGUCCUCCACGUUCUUGGACAAAUGCCGAGUUGACUGAAGCACUUCAGCAUGUCUGGAACAAAAAAAUGACAACAUCACAGGCUAGCAGAAUAUUUGGUAUACCCUACAAUAGUCUUUUGAUGUAUGUAAGAGGCAAGUACGGCAAAAGUCUCAAGUUGGAACAACUUCGGAGGGAUUGCACCGGCGCGACGACUGGUGAAGUUAUGAAUUCUCUUAACAACAAUGUCAAGGCAAUCCAACCACCUCCACAAUUGCCUCAUCCUCUGGCGGGACUGACGCAUCCUGAAGACGGUAGUUUUCCUCAUCAUCCACUUCUCAGUGGCAAUCUUCCUCAGAGCUUUUUUCCGGACUUUAGUGCGACAUUUCCUGUGCCCGUGAAUAUGGUACAUCUUCUUCCACCAAGCGAACAAAAAGCUAUUGAACCUCCAACUAAUCCUGGAGGGAUUUCUGAACGGGGUGGUGGCAGUGUGAGUGCUGGAAGUAUUGGUGGUACAGGUGGUGUAAGUGAUUUAACGCCAUCGAGUAGAUCACCUUCACCUGCUAACAAUAUCCACGAAUCAAUUCCAACGCAAUCUGCACCUGCGUUGCUUCAACAAAACGGGUCGGAAUGAGGAACGUGGCUUGACAAUUGGGAAGCUGAUAAGAGAAGAGUUAAUUUAUAAUAACUAAACGGAUUUAGUUGAAAGAUUUAUUCAAGUAUUUAGUAAUUAUAAAUAAAUGUUAUUAAUAACUACUGAAUAAAUCGUUGAAAAGCACAAGUAUUAUCAAUUGAAUGAACCAAUUGAUUUAUUUGGGCAUACUUGGUACACAUAAAUAAUUAUUACAAUCCUACCAGCAAUAUGUAAAUCAUAGUUAUUAAAUAAAUUUUUUAGUUAAGAUAUUUAGAUAAAUGUAAAUAAUAAACAGUUGAUAGAAUGAAAAGAGAACUUGGAUUCAAUUAAAUUAAAAAAUGAAUUGAAUACAUCGAUCUCUUAACUUUAACAUAAUAAUCUAUCAAAAAUAUAUUUGGUUGUCAUUAUUAAAUUGAAUUUUUCCGGUUACCUGUUUAAAAGGAAUUAUUAGCUUGAUCAAAAUAUACACGUUGUUUCUAUAACAUAUCAUUUGGUUAUAAUCACCAAAUUUUAGUUGACUUAAUUACAUAUUGAUUAAAUAGAUUAAAAGUUGGUCAGAUAACGCACGAGGCGUCAUUCCCAAUCGGCAUUGCGAGAGAACCUAUUUUAUUUCGUUGCAUUUCAUCAAAAGUUCAGUGAAGUGCAAAAAUUUUAAUAAAAAAUACAAAAAAAUUGAAGAUUUUUUUAAUAACAUUGGUAAGUAUCAAUAAUAACUUGUUGAUUUCUCAUGAUUUAUUUCUCGAAAGUGCUUGCUAAUUUCAAUCUAUUUAAUUAUAUUUCAUCAUUUCUCAUUCCAUUUUAUUAUUUUCCUUAUGUAUGCAUAUUGUACUCAUUGUAUACUGUCACAUUCAUGUCACAUUAUUCUUUUUAUUUCUGUUUCACAAUAAAUGAUAUAUUAAAUUUUAAAACCCUUAGAAAACUUUUUCUUUUACCUCACGAACUUAAAAUCCUAACUCCUUGUAUUGGUAAACGCUUGAACCUCUAAAGAGCAUAUGAAAAAUAUAUAAUUAUGAUCAAUUAAUCGUUUUUUCUCAUAGUCAAUUGUAUCACUUAUUAAGACUGCUCAUGAAAAAAAUAGUAUCAGUACGUAAGAUAUGUCACUUUGUAUCUCAAUGUCUAUUGGUUGAGCUAAUUACUUUCAUGUAUUGUUAUGAACAUUAUUUUCUUAGUUAAACUAAAAACAUGUACUGUCAUCAACAGAUUUUCUAAUUAUAUCUUCAUUUCAAUAAAUUCAUACAAUUAAUGUGAAAAUAUUCUCGAAUCAAAUUUCACUUAUGUCAUUAUGAAUUGAUACUAUAGUCAUUAAAAUCAAGAAUUAUUUAAUCAAACUAAUGAUCUUUUUGAUUCAAAUAAGUCUUCAGUCCGCCGGUGAUAGUGAUUUAGUAACUUUAACCAAAUAUAAAUUGGUCUGAAUCAAUAAGCUAAGUAUUGGUUGAUAUAAAGAAACUCUUUUCUCGUACGAUUAUUGUACUAAUCCCCUCGGUUCGUGCUAAUUUUUCGCGCGAGAAUAUAUUUCUUUUUUUUCAUGCAUCCCAUACCUAUGAAUUUUUAGUCUUCUUUUCAUAUUUUCGCUCGUUUCCUUUUCCGUAUGACGGAAGAAAAAAAUUCUUAACGGCACUCGCUUCUUCUCGCAGUUUAUUUCCUUCCAUUGAACCCUCACACGAGGUAUUUUCUCGUCAUUUCUCCAACCGUUUCAAAAGUUCCCUUCCAAUUUAACCAUUGCACGCUGUAGAGAACGACGCAAAGAGGCGCUUGUUUUUCUUCCGGUUACCACACUUUUCCCUCUUUCUUAUAGAUUUGGCUUCGACUCGGCGAUCCUUCAACGAAUCCAAGAGACAUUUUCCUCUGAUAAAAACUCUUUGACUCGGUGUAUCCUUUACGUAAAGUCUCAUUCAAUUAUUUUGAACGCGUGUUACUCUCAUACCAACAACUUCAAUGCAACUUCCCGAUAGACUGAUGAUGAUAAUGUAAAAAGUCUUGAAUUGUAUUGUGGUACAUACCUGGAUACCUUCAUCGAAGUCGUGGUUAUUCACAAGGACUCUUUUUCAUAUAGUCUACCCUGAAGGGUGGAGAUUGAGAAAAAAGUUUCUUUGUAACAACCAAGAUUUGGUUACAGUUAAUAAAUUGCAUACUUGAAUACGGCGAAAAUAAAAAUUUAUUUACUGAAAAUAAAUGAUUCAUUUGAGCCGUUUGAUUCAGACAAACUUAAUGGAAAUAAACGAUUAAUUGAUCAUAAUUACACAUUCUUCAUACGCAGUAAUAGAAAAAAUCACGUGACAUAAAUCAGUAUACAAUAUACAAUACAUAAGAAACAUAAUAAAAUGUCAUGAGAAGUUAUGAUGUUAAAAUAUCAUUGAAUUGAUUAAAAUUAGCAAGCACAUUCUGUCACCACUUUCGAGAAAUAAGUCAUUAGAAAUCAACAAGUUAUUAUUGAUACUUGCUAAUAAAUAUUUCGUACAAAUAAUUCAUACCAAUUGACCACCUUUUAAUCUAUUUAAUCAAUAUGUUAUAGCAAUAACGUGUAUAGAUUGAUCAAGCUAAUAGUUCUUUUUAAACAAAAAACCAGAAAAAUUCAGGUACUCUUUUAAAUCUAUCAACUGUAUAUUAUUUACAGUUAUCUAAAUCUUUAAAUAAUGCGUCUGGUAAUAAGAGAUAAUAUUAAUUUAUUUAUAAUUACUAAGUACUUGGAUAAAUUUUUCAACUAAAUCUGUUUAGUUAUUAUAACUUAACUCUCCUCUCAGUGUGCAACAAUGCAAAAUUCUUAAAUGUAAAUAAUAUUUUAACGACUCGUUCAUUCUUCAUCUUAUUAUUAUUAAUUCACUGAUUAAUUGAUUGAUUGUUUUCUGUUAUUUAUUUUAGCGAAAAAUUAUGUGCAAAUUAUUAACGUUUAAUCAUUGUUUUGUUAGUAUAAAUCAUUGUUUAAAUUUGUAGAGUCGGUAAGAACAAAAGAUUAUUAAAUAUUUAAUGUUUUUCCAAAGAUAAUAAGGGCAAUUUUUUAGAUACAAAUUAAGAUUUUUUUUAUUUCUUUAACUAAAAAAUAAUUGUAAAAAAAAAAAAAAAGUUUUAAGAAUCGAUAUUAAGAAAAAAUGGGGCGAUAAGGAAUUUUAAAUGAUUUACCAAAAAAAAGUAAAAAAAAAUAUUUAGGCAAAGUCGCUGUAAAAAAUAAAACAAAUAGUAAAAAAAAAAACUAAUAAACUCGUAUGAUCGUAGACACAGUUCGACAAAAAAAAAAAAAAAUAAUACAAAGUAAAUAAAUAAUAAAUAAAAAAUUAAUAAUAAACCAAUAUUUCAACAACCAGACGGAAGCGCAGGGUAACUAACACAUCAGGGAUAGCCACAGACAAAUCUACGAUAGAUAAUUGAUUGAAAAAUGACAAAAGCUACAUAUUAAAAAAGAAUUAAAAAAAAAAAAAAAGAUUCUUAUUAAAAAACAAAAAAAAAGGUAAAAAAGAAAUAAUUCAUAAAUCUAUAAAAUACAUACGAUUAUUUCGUUGAGAAUUUGUGACAGGAUAUUUGAAGGAAGAAACGCGAGUGGUAUAUAGAGAAAUCGAGAAGGGGUGAGAAAUGUAAAGAAAAGGAAAAAGGAAGAAUAUAAGAAAAUGAGAGCGGAAUAUGACGCGCCAGUAGACGAAUUAUUUCAGAGCGUUAUGCGAUCGUGAAUUCACAUAGCAAUCGGGAUCGAGUGGAAUCUAUUAUUAAUGAUUAAAAUAUAAUGUAAACGAUAUGAAUUAAAGAAAAAUGGUUGGAGUGUAUCGGUAAGAUAAGAGAUUUAAAAAUUAAGUGAUUUUAGAAAAGGAAAGACUACAGGCUUUUUUUAGCCCACAAAUAAAGAAAUGAAGCCUGUACAAUACAAACUGAUAUUAUUAUUAUUGAUUAUUAAUUAAUUAAUUAACGAGAUAUAUACAUAUAGAUAUAAAUAUAUAUUAUUAUUAUUCUAUAAACAGGGUGUUUAAAAAAAUUUUAUGUCCGCACGUAUCAAUCUGUACCGAUGAUUUCCGUCUUCCUUAAUUCAAAAAAAAAAUAAAAAAGAUUUCUGAUUAUCGUUAAUCGAUAAGACUAAAUUGAAGAUGGAUAUAUAUCGGUACAGACUUGACGAUUGCGGUUAAUGACACUUUUUUUUUAAAUCCACUCUGUCUGUCGAGAGAUUACUUUGCGAUGAAUGAGAGUGUACGUGUAUGUGAGAGGAUACGAUUGUCUGUAAUAAGAGUGAGCGAAAUAAGAGAGGAAGAAUUAAAUAGAGAGAAAGAAAAAAAAAUACAUAGACACAUAUGUGAUAGGCACCAUGUGCGGACUUCAGUAUUAUUUUGCAGUUAACGAGGGAAAAAGUAACGAGGCGAAUGAAUCAUUAAUACGUUAGUUAGACUUAAAAAAAAACUUAAUGCCUGUUUCGUUGUUAUAUGAAAUGGAGAUAAUUGUGAGAGAAAGAAAUGAUAAAACCCUUAGAUAAAAAGUAAAAAAAUGAAACAAAGUAAGAGACCAAUAAUUUCUGGGCGAUAAAAUAUCGGUAAAUUCGUGUUUGAAAUAUUGAAUUUAACUUGAUCCUUUAUAUAAAGCGCGAAUAUCUUUUCACCCUCGUGGCGCCGGACGCACGUCCUUUAUAAUUAAAUAAUUGACACGUGUAGGAUUGUAAGUAGAAGUGCGAUUGAUUACUUUAUUAUUAUCCUUAUUAUUAUUAUUCUUACUAUUAUGAUUAUUAUUAUUAUUAUCAUUAUUAUUAAUUAAUUAUUGAUCAGUGUGAUUAUUCUAAGUGAUGUAGAUCGAAGAUUAUGAAUGACUGACGAGAAAGAUUAAAGUGUAAGAGUGUUAAAAAGUGUUAGCAAAAAAAAUUUUCGUGCGACCGGGGGCCGAGGUAAAAACGUUGCCCAAUUAAAAUGAAAACAAAUAAACACAGUUUCAUUGUUAAAGAAUGUGAAGAAAAAUUAACAGAAAAUAAUAGCACAUUGCGGACGCACAAGAGAUAAAAAAACAAAGAGAGAAUAAGAAUGAAAGAAGGAAAAGGUUGUAUUCGAAACGUUUUUUAAAUAUAAUCCACACACAAUAAUUAUUCCAAUGAACCAUCUAGACUGAUGGUGCAAUAUAUGACUGAUUAAAAAAAAAACAAAUAAUAGCUGCCGGUAAUUAGCUACCAUAUCGUAAAUGAUUGCUAUUGUUAAAUCUCGUUGCAACAUAUCAUUACCUCUAUCAAUCGAUAUUUGUUAUAUUAUAUUUACUUAUUCGUUUUAUAUUUGUUUUGGCGCAAUGUUUAUUAAGAAGAUGUGUUGGAUUAAUUUUCAACAACAAAAGCUAGUUUUUAUUUUAAUUUUAAACGAAUUAUCAUAAUUAAUUAUUUGCAAUUUAUUAUUGCAUAUUAGAGACAGAGAAUGAAUAUUUGUCAUUAUCAUAAUUAUUUUUAAAAAGUUUUUGUUGAUGAAAAUUAAUACCUCAUAUCAUUCAAUCUCAUGGCAAUAUUUUUAAAAUGACUUUAAAGGCUGAUUGGCGUUGAAUGCCUAUUUGCAAUUAUUAUUCUAAAUAGUGUGCUGCUAUAUUUAAUAGUUAUUAUAUUACAGAAUAAACUGCCGGGAAGAUUUUAUUUUUUAGGUCAACUAAGUUCCUAUACAUAAACAUAUGAACAAAUGGAUUUUAAAAUAGUUAUGAAUGUGACUCCGAAAGAAAAUAAGUAUUAUCUGCUCGUUGAUAUACAGAAUAUUUACCGCUGUGCUAAUUGAUAUAAUAUUUUUUGGUUUAAGUAUUUUUUUUAAAUGAAUUAUUCUUAUGCAUUCACAAAUUGUACAUAUAAUAAAUGAAACAGAACGGGAUGCGCAAUUAAUUAUUUAUGCGUAAUAUUUAUAUAUACAACAUAUACAUAUAUCUAUUUAUCUAUAAUUGCUGGGGAUAAAAUGAAAUUGCAAUUAAUUGUUUAUUCGGAUACAACCUUAAUUGAAAAUCGAUUGUGAACUUUACGAUUAUAUUCAUCUCUUAUUCAUUCAAUGUUAUUA